CUCCGCAGACGCGGCCUGAAUGCCCUCAAGGAACCGAACUAUGUAGCCGUGUCUUGGACAUGGGGGAUUUCAGAACCGUACGAGGACUCUGCAGCCGGCCACCAUCUACUCAAAGUUUCUAAAGGGGAACUCAAACCUUCUGGAGUCCGAAACCGGGUAUUUGACCGCAUACGCCGAUACACAGAAGCCCAGCCUCGCCUACAAUAUGUAUGGAUAGACAUGCACUGCAUCUGCCAGGAGCCAGGCCCGGAGAAGACUCGGGGCAUGCAGGCAAUGGACAUGGUCUACAAGCUAAGCAAUCACCCAAUUGCUCUUCUUGCACGACCGAUCGAAUCGCGUGAAGAGCUUUGCCUUCUCGCAGACAUUCUCCACGGCAACUUUGUAUCAAAACAGGCUUCCGGGGAUUUCCGCCUAAAGUCCAUGACACAGGGUGCUCUGGAUCGGCUUCGUGAAGCCUUGUCCCUUCUCAAUGCCAUAACCUCCGAUCUUUGGUGGACAAGAGCCUGGACUUUUCAAGAGAACUAUCGUUGCGAUGGGAAGAUGACGUUACUCAUCUCUCACCCAAAGGAUGAUAAAAUAUUCAGGGAGAAAAGAAAGAACAGAGAAAUUUUCGGUAAGGUUAUUGGCGACUUGUCGAUCUCAUCUCGAAAGUUCCAGACAGAAUCCACAAAGAUGUGCCAAGCCUGCAUAAUUACAGAGAGGGAGUACGGCGUUUCCGGUCUGUCCGAUGUUGCCGAACGAAUUCUCAAGACAGCUCCCAAUUACGAGUUCCUAUUACGGGAGACCAUGCCCGACGGACAGUAUUUGGCCCGCUGGUCACAGUCGCCGAGAACCAUUAAGGACAUCGAGUCCCGCGGCAGCAAAUUCUGCCACGACAGAUUGGCCAUAGUCGCAAAUUGCUGCCAAUACUCCAUCAGGCUAGAUGACGCCAUCCUCCGGCAAGGAUCGCACAGUAUGAGUCUAUCUAUGCUCGCCCUCUACCUACUGAAUGGGGAGAUUAUGGCAAACGCAUGUGAAGAGAAGGAUGAUCGUCUCUUAGUAAGAUGCCGGAGUCAAACAGUUGCCGACUUCAUCGCAGACCAGUCGUUCGAUGGCUUCUGUCCACCUCUGCUGAGACGGCCUCUUAUCUACAACAACGGUUGCCGGUUCAUCGAUGUUCGGCUUACUGAGGAGGGUUUAAAGACUUCUGGCCAUAUCUGGAGGCUCUAUCGUACCAUACCCACGGAGCAAUUCGCCUUCUCGACUCCAAUAAAUCGAAGCCAGCAUAGCCAAUGGAGACGCCGUAGGCACACCAUGGAGCGGCUUGCCGAGCUACGAGAUGCCUUAGAUGAACUCGGAUAUGAGUCACUGGUGCAAAAGCUGACACGGUUUCUUGACGCGGACAUGCGACCUAAGGAGAAGGAAUCCUUCUCCCAAAAGUACAUGUGGACGAUGGCUAGGAUGGUCGUUGCGGCAAUGGAUGCGCAUAAGCCAUUGGUGCUGGGUGGUCUGCUCGAUCACCAGCACUUCCAAUAUACUGGGAUUUUCGUCGGGGAAUUACACGAGCAUGUCUACAUUUUCACUUCUUCCAAGCCGAUGAUAGAGUCGUCGGGGACAUUGUAUCCAAACGACAUUGAUAAGCACGUGUCGAUUGAGGUACAUGGAGACAACUUGAGACCAAAGGACUUUAGCCCGGAGUCAGUGCCCAAACUUCUUAUCAAGCGUUGGGUACAUGGGCUUUGUUUCUUCCAGAAGCACUCCCGUCGAUCGGUAGUAUUCCCAUGGCAUCCCGCGUUGAAA